AUGCUAGACGACAGGCAAUCCGUCGUGGAGCCCAAACCUGCCACGUCUCGUCUCCAGCGAAAGGACGCGGAAACGCCUCAACUCGGCCCCGGCGCGCGUAUAAUAAAUUCGACAUGGCGCGGCUCGCAAACAUCGCGAGUAAAACAAUUUAUUACAAAAUGUAAACAGGAAGAGCCCCGUAUUUUCAUUAAGAAUACGAAUUCUCGAUACCCCCCCUGCCACCCCGCGCCCCGCACGCCCCAAAACCCCCGCGCCCCCCAGCCUCCUCAGCGGGACAUGGACCGAAAAUACCCGGUUAUGAUUAAUUCCAAAUGCGGCGCAUUGAUCAAGGAACCAAGGCUUUUUACUUCAAACUACCCAUCUCUCGCCACCCCGCCGCCUUGGCGCGAGCGAGAC